AUGAAUGUGGUAUCGCCUCGCCGAUUCCUCAAGACGUCCGGAUUCCAGCCCUUGUCGUCAACUGCGUUGCUUGUCGUGGUCUUUGUGACGACGUUCAGCGUUGGCACAGACGUUGUCCAGAGACCCGAGGUGACGCCGUGCAUGACUGGGAAGCGUGGCUUUCGUCUAAGCGAUUUCACCAUCCAGGACUCCAAGGUGGGGCGCUACAUGCGCGUCAACUACACGGUCGACGUCCUCCGCCAAGGCGAUCGUUCGCCGGCCGUCAAGUUUACCGUGCACAACUCCCUCGGGUUGCGGACUCCUUGCGUCGACGACUUCGGCUCCUGCACAUACAAGGCAUGCGGAGGUACCAAGUUGACCGAGCGCAUGAUCGGCGCCGGCUGGAACAACAGUUGCGAGAACAUCCCGUUGGGCACCUACCAGUCGUCGAUACUACUCAAGGUCAUCCCUGCUGUCCGACUUGUGAUGGGAAACGGCACAUUCAACAUCAGGGUCGAGGGAAUCACUGACAAAGGACAAGUUGAAUGCGUGUCUUUUUACAUCUUCAUCGAAGACUGAGCGAAAACAUGGCCGACCAGAAGCACUGGCGCUGUUCGUCAUCGUGGUAUCUAUUAGUGACGAGGUGUGCCCA